UUGUUCAAUAUUCGCGCGAAAAGUCAUAAUAAAUUUUCUGUUUAUCUGACCAUAACCUUCAAAUUGAGUCUCAUGAAUACCCGGUCUUUUGAUAAUAAUUAAACGAUUACAAUUUUUUUUUCGUCGUAAAGUGUUUCAAACAUUAAUAACAUAAUGACAGGAUAUAAUUCACGUGUUGAUGAGCUGAUUAAUUUCUUUAAAUCUCAUAAUAAAAUAAAAGAACAACAAACACACUCAGCUAAAGUCCACAGUGUUGGUUGGAGUUGCGAUGGAAAAUAUUUAGCUUCUGGGUCGUUUGACAAAUGUGUUUGCAUUUUUUUACUUAGUUCUGACCGUUUGAAGCCAGAAACCACAUUUAGAGGCCAUGGAGGAAGUGUAGAUCAGCUUUGCUGGCAUGCAUCAAAUCCUGAUUUACUAUCAACAGCUAGUGGUGAUAAGACUGUGAGGAUAUGGGACAUAAGAUCUCAAAAAUGUACAGCAACUAUUAACACAAGAGGAGAAAAUAUUAAUAUAUCUUGGUCUCCAGACGGAAACACAAUAGCUGUUGGAAAUAAAGAAGAUUUAGUCACAUUUAUCGAUGCUCGAGUAAUGAAAAUUCGUGCUGAAGAACAAUUUAAUUUUGAAGUCAACGAAAUAUCUUGGAAUAAAGACUCUGAUACAUUUUAUUUAACAAACGGACAAGGCUGCGUACACAUAUUAAGUUACCCUGACUUGGAAUUACUUCAUGUAAUUAAAGCUCACCCUGGGACAUGCAUAUGCAUAGAAUUUGAUCCAACUGGUCGAUAUUUUGCUAUUGGAUCAGCAGAUGCUUUAGUUUCUUUAUGGGAUGCUGAUGAACUUUGUUGCUUAAGAACAUUUUCAAGACUGGAAUGGCCUGUUAGAACAAUAUCUUUUUCUCAUGAUGGCCAAUUACUUGCGGCUGCUUCAGAAGACUUAGUUAUUGACAUCGGUGAGGUUGAAACGGGAGAAAAAAUUGCUGAUAUACCAGUUGAAGCUGCUACAUUUACUGUAGCUUGGCAUCCAAAACAAUAUCUCAUUGCUUAUGCUUGUGAUGAUAAAGACAGUUAUGACAGAAAGCGAGAUGCUGGAAGUUUAAAAGUUUUUGGUUUCUCUAAUGAUUGAACUAAAAAUAUAUAUGUAUUCUUUAUCUUAGAUGUAAAGUUAAUUUAAUAAAAUUUAUCUGUACAUUGUAA